CCCAGUACGGUCCCAGUAUGGUCCCAGUAUGGCCCCUGUGUUCCCAGUACAUUCCCAGUACGGUCCCAGUAUGGUCCCAGUGUGUUCCCAGUACAUUCCCAGUACGGUCCCAGUACGGUCCCAGUGUGUUCCCAGUGUGUUCCCAGUAUGGUCCCAGUACGGUCCCAGUACGGUCCCAGUACGGUCCCAGUGUGUUCCCAGUACAUUCCCAGUACGGUCCCAGUAUGGUCCGAGUGUGUUCCCAGUGUGUUCCCAGUAUGGUCCCAGUACGGUCCCAGUACGGUCCCAGUAUGGUCCCAGUGUGUUCCCAGUACAUUCCCAGUACGGUCCCAGUAUGGUCCCAGUGUGUUCCCAGUACAUUCCCAGUACGGUCCCAGUACGGUCCCAGUGUGUUCCCAGUACGGUCCCAGUAUGGUCCGAGUGUGUUCCCAGUAUGGUCCCAGUGUGUUCCCAGUACGGUCCCAGUACGGUCCCAGUGUGUUCCCAGUAUGGUCCCAGUACGGUCCCAGUAUGGUCCCAGUACGGUCCCAGUACGGUCCCAGUACGGUCCCAGUAUGGUCCCAGUACGGUCCCAGUACGGUCCCAGUAUGGUCCCAGUGUGUUCCCAGUACAUUCCCAGUACGGUCCCAGUAUGGUCCCAGUGUGUUCCCAGUACAUUCCCAGUACGGUCCCAGUAUGGUCCCAGUGUGUUCCCAGUACGGUCCCAGUGUGUUCCCAGUACAUUCCCAGUACGGUCCCAGUAUGGUCCCAGUGUGUUCCCAGUAUGGUCCCAGUGUGUUCCCAGUAUGGUCCCAGUACGGUCCCAGUGUGUUACCAGUAUGGUCCCAGUAUGGUCCCAGUGUGUUCCCAGUAUGGUCCCAGUACGGAGGUACAUCAAACCUCUGGGUCCGUUUCCACAUCAGAACCUCUGAGCCACAUCAAGAGGAAACAACUGGAUGAGCUGGAAGGAACUGGGACACAAAGACCAGCAGAACCUUUCCUCUGUGGCUACUGGGCUCAACAUACAGUUAUUACUGGGAAGACUGGUACAGCAGCUGGGAACCAGCCUCACUUCUCCUCAUUUCAUCCAAUAAAAUUUAGUUCAGGACUGAAAUCUUUUUACUUUCUGAUCCUGUUUUGAUUUAAACCUGCGAUGAUUCAACUCACUACUGAACAGUCGAAUCUAAAUCCAGUAAAAUAACGUCCAGCAGGCAACGGGCUUUAACUGGACCGAUCGGCGGCUUUUCAGUCAGCACAGUCGGCCUUUCUCAGGACUGUCUCUUUAAAUCACAGGAACAAUCACCCUAAACUGAUCCGUGGGCCUGAUACACGUCCAGAACCUCGUCUCAUCCGCGCAGUAACAGGAUUACAGCACAAAGCAGCCACUCAUUAGAGACGCCGUUCAUUUCCCACCUUAAUACCAGCUCUGGGCUAAACCUGCAGGAGUG